UCGCUAAAGUCCUGAGUAUAGCCUUGUAAAAGGUGUAGCGUCAACCCGUGAGUGUAUAUAUAAUAAAUUAAUAAGGCCAAAAUGCAUAAUUAUGGAACGGGUGCUCAAACGUGAAUCGGUCCAUGCGUAUUAUAGCUAUCAACCAUUGGUACCUUGUUUAUUAAGUAUAUAUUUGCUUCUAGUAGAGCCCAUAAAGAAUAGAAUCAAUAAACACUGAGGUAGAGAGAUAUAGAAGAGAUUAGAAAAAAGAUGAAAGCAGAAGCAGAGAUCAUCUUCGUUGCAUAUCCAUCCCCUGGUCAUCUUCUGGUCUCCAUUGAAUUCGCCAAGUCUCUCAUCAAACGAGAUGAUCGCAUUCACACCAUCUCCAUCAUCCACUGGGCAAUACCUCUCGCUCCUCAAGCCCACCUCUUUGCCAAAUCUCUCGUUGCUUCACAGCCUCGAAUCCGUCUUGUUGCCUUGCCUGAUAUCCAAAACCCUCCACCGUUGGAGCUCUUCUAUAAAGCUUCCGAGGCUUAUAUUCUAGAGUUCACCAAGAAAACAGUUCCGUAUGUCAAAGACGCUCUCUCCACUCUGGUCUCAUCACGCAAGGAAUCCGGUUCGGUUCGGGUCGUCGGUCUGGUUAUCGACUUCUUCUGUGUCCCCUUGAUCGAAGUGGCAAACAAGUUUAACCUUCCUUGUUACAAUUUUCAAACGUCUAACGCUGGUUUUAUGUGUAUGAUGAAGUACCUCCCUGAGAGGCAUCGCAUAAUCUCUUCCAAGCUUGAAUUAAGCUCCGGCGACGAAGAACAUCCAAUUCCUGGUUACGUCUGCCCCGUGCCGACGAAGGUUUUGCCUCCGGGCAUGUUCGUGAGAGAGUCCUACGAGGCGUGGGUCGAAAUGGCUGAGAAGUUCCCUGGAGCCAAGGGUAUUUUGGUAAACUCCUUCUCUGGUCUUGAGAAAAACGCUUUUGAUUACUUUGGUCGUCGUCCUGAGAAUUAUCCUCCGGUUUAUCCGGUCGGACCGGUUCUUAGUUUAGAGGAUCGCCCAUCUCCAAAUCUGGACUCGUCGGACCGGGACCGGGUCAUGAGAUGGCUCGUGGACCAGCCGGAGUCGUCAGUUGUGUACAUCUGCUUCGGGAGCUUAGGAAUCCACGGCAAACCGCAGAUUGAGGAGAUAGCUCGAGCCAUAGAGCUCGCCGGCCAUAGGUUUCUCUGGUCAGUCCGCACUAAUCCGACGGAGAAAGCGAGUCCGUACGAUCUGUUGCCGGAGGGGUUUUUAGAUCGGACGGAGAGUAAAGGAUUAGUGUGCGAUUGGGCACCACAGGUGGAAGUGUUGGCUCACAAGGCCAUCGGAGGGUUUGUGUCACACUGCGGUUGGAACUCGCUGCUCGAGAGCUUGUGGUUCGGAGUUCCGACCGCCACGUGGCCGAUGAAAGCGGAGCAACAGCUAAACGCGUUCACUAUGGUGAAGGAGCUAGGGUUAGCCGUGGAGCUGCGUUUGGAUUACGUCUCUGCGUACGGAGAGAUAGUGAAAGCUGAGGAGAUCGCGGGAGCCAUACGAUCUCUGAUGGACGGUGAGGAUACGCUGAGGAAAAAAGUGAAGGAGAUGUCGGAGUCGGCGAGGAAGGCUUUGAUGGACGGUGGAUCUUCGUUUGUCGCCGUUAAACGAUUCCUUGACGAGUUGAUCAGCGGUGAUGCUUAGUUAUUUCCAUCUUUUGUAAACGUCGUCGUUGCGACAUGGUCCAUUGAGAUCUUUAAUAAAAUGUUAUGUUAAAUCAAGUAAAGGGUCCUCCAAUUUGAUUAA